UGGUUGAUAGCGUGUUGUAUGCUCGUAUCCUGCCAUCAACAACAGUCAGAUAGCAACCGACGUUACUUUCGGCUCUUGCUAGAUUCCAAGGACUAGGUCUUUCGGAUUAGAUGGAAGCCAACGAGCUUCGUUACAGGGGUUCGUCCGGGAAUGAAACCCCCGGACGGACCACCGCCGACGCUUCUUCGGAACAAAAGCAGCCACAUGCAAAAGACAUCAGCGAGGGUAGAACUUCCGUCUCGACUGAAAAUGCUGGAGUGAUGUAUGGAAGGACUCCCAAGGGAGAUAUCUUCAAAGUCCCCACGACCCACUCUUUCGUCCACACCUUGUCUCACACCCUGUUCACCUCGCAAUUGACUCAGCUCACGCUCCUCACCCUCGGCCUACAAUUCGUCAUCUUCUGGUACCUCCCGCGUUACGUCUCUGGACCUUUCUUCCUGCUCUACUUUGCCUUUUGGCGAGCGGCUUACGACGGCGGGCUCGGUUGGGUCUUGAGAAGACAGAGCGAGAAGAAGUGGAUCGUCAAGAAACUCUACAAAUUCGGAUGGCUGGCCAAGGACGAUCAGGGCUGGGCGGGUUGGUGGCGCAAGGAGUUGGAGGCCAAGCUGGGUAACGAGGGGUACAGGUGGAAUGACGUUCCGGAAGAGUUCAACUCGUGGUUGAUCUUUCGUCAGCUUGUCGACAUCAUCCUCCUCAACGACUUCCUCUCCUACUGCUUCUUCGCCCUCGCCUACCUUCACCUCCCUGCCAACCAGUCCAUCUUUACCCAUCUCUUCCGCUGGGUCUUCGGUUGGACCUUGAUCGCCUUUAACCUCUGGGUCAAGAUCGACGCUCAUCGGGUCGUCAAAGACUACGCUUGGUACUGGGGUGAUGCUUUCUGGUUGAUCGUCCAGCAGGAGGAAUUGGUGUUUGACGGAGUUUACGAGAUCGCGCCGCAUCCAAUGUACUCGGUCGGUUAUGCGGGCUAUUACGGUCUCUCGAUCGUCACGGGAUCGUACACCGUCUUCUUCGUCUCCCUCAUCGCCCACGCUGCUCAAUUCGCCUUCUUGCUCUGGUUCGAAAAUCCUCAUAUCGAGCGAAUCUAUGGAGGUGGCAAGAAGCCUCUGGCGGGUAUGCCGACCUCGAAGUCGGAUGAGGUUUCUGGCCACGCAGAGUCUGCGAUCGGUGGUCACUCACAAGAUCGAACUCCCAGCGUUACUGACGGCGAAACCGACAAUGAGUGGGAUCGAAACCCAGAUCUUGACACUCCUGUUCAAGAGACUAUCCCACAAAUUGCUCGAUCUCAGAGCCAGUCGGUCGAGCCCACGCGGCUUACCAUGCGAGAACUUUCGCUGCAAUACCUCCAGCGACCGGCCAUCAUCUUUUCCAACAUUGACCUCUUCCGAGCCACGGAUUUCACCUUCACCUUGCUCGUGGGCUACGCUGUUUUGCCGGCAAUGUUCAGCCCGGUCGUCAUCACUCGACCCCGCCUGAGCUUGGCAUUCUACUUUUUACAUGCCCUCGCUUGGCGCAUGUUCCACUCUUUCGGGUUAGGUUUCCUUUUGAAGGUUCAGUCCGAAGAGAGGUGGUUGGUCAGGCAUUUCCUCAAGCACUACCACUACCCUGCGGUACAGCGUUCCAGCUCCUCCAAGCAGUCAAAGUCGAAUAGUACCGAUCUCGCCUCUGGGGAUGAAGCCGGAGAAGAUGCUUCGGAUGAUAUUCCCGCCGCGACCAGAGACGCGUUCGACAACUGGAAGGUACUCUACAAUACUAGCUUGGUGAUGACUUAUGUCUCCUUUACAUGCCUGGCUUGGAAGAUCUACAGCAUUCCGAAUGACUGGACAGUCAGUGGACAACUGUUGCGUCACGUCCUCGGCAGCCUCCUUAUCGCUUUGCAUAUUUGGUCGGCCUACUCCAGUUUCGAGGUGUUGGGAGCUUUUGGUUGGCUCUACUCGGACUUCUUCCUGGUCGACAGGAUCCCUUCGAAGCUCGCUUAUACCGGAAUUUACCGAUUCUUGAACAACCCGGAACGAAGCAUGGGUGGUGCUGCCUUCCUUGGCUUGAGCCUGAUCAGCGGAAGCAAGCUCGUUGCUCUCCUAGCUGUUGUCUCUCACUUGAGUCAUUGGUGGUUCCUCUCUUUCGUCGAAAAGCCCCACAUGCAGAAACUCUACGGUGAACGUCUGAGAAAGGACGGAGGUCUGACCAAGACCCUUAAGACCGUUGCUGGCAAGCACGCCAGGAAGCUUGAAAGCAGGGCAGGCCGUCAUGCACCUGAGCUCAAGCGAGCUAUCAGCGAAGUCAAGGAGACCAUGGUCCGGGUCGAGGAGAGAGUCUCCGAAGCGAUGGAAGAUUUCUUGCAGUCUGCUCGACCUCGACUGAACGAGGUGGUACAUGAUACCAAGCAGCUCAUCCAACAGUCGAGGGAGAAGAUGAUCAUUACUCGUACGGCCAAUGACAUUGGCUCGAUCGACCGGUCUCGCUACCAUAUCACGGUCCCGACCUCGGCUGCCCGCGCCGACAAGCCCAUUCGAUUCCACGUCGGACAACCCAUACGCAUCUCCUGGAACGCGCCUCCCGGUCAUUCCCGCAAGGACUGGAUCGGAAUCUACCGUCUCGGGUCGUGUCAAUCAGAGGAGAUUACCAAGAUCUCUUCCGUUGGCAAGUGGGUCCCUCUCUACGACGAGGAGUGGGACGGUAAUACGCCUGUCGAAACUCCUGUCAGGGGUACGUCUGACGCCGGCACCGUCAUCUUUGACAAGGAAAAGCUUCCUUGGCAGCCCGGCAUGUACGAGCUCAGGUUGCACCAUGACGGCAAGCAUUCUGUCCUCGACAAGAUUGCCCCGCUCGAGAUCUUUGUCCCCCGUCGCGAGCGAUCCGAGUCCUUUGCACAGACUCGGCAAGCUGUCGUCACGAUCGUCGCCCUAUCGGUCGAUUUGGACCCCAAGUUGAUGCCUCAGUCGGCUACCAAGCUGGCUCCUCGUCUCGCUUCAGGGAUCCCCUUUGAGGAAUUGACCCCAACGGACAUCUCGAACAAUCUCGGCACGGGGCUUUCACAGACGACUCCCGACGUCUCUGAUCGCGUCCCGCUUGCAUCGCCCGCCAUCGGGGACGAGAUCGACGACUUUGCCAUCAUGGACGAACAUCAAGUCAAGAGGAUCACGUCGAUCAUCAAACAGGCCUUUGAUGUGGAGCUCUCGAUGGACAUGAUACUGGCCAAUACGAACGCGUCGGCCAUCGCCAAGAGGGUCCGCGAUUCGAGACGCCUGCUCGUAGACGAGGUCGGUACGAACACGGCGAGUGGGUGAACGCUCACGCCGUGCGAGAUGGGUUUCAACAUGACCCAUGCACCCUAGCCAGUGUGGUAUCUUUGACAAUUGCCCUUCGAUCAAGUGACCCUGUUGAAUGUUUCAACCGUCAUCAGGUUCACGAAGGGGUCCUUUCGGCGAGCUCGCGAAGCGUGUAUCCGUCGGUUCCCUUGAUCCGAGUUCUAUAUUUAAUUGCGUGUUUCCAUGGGAUAUAUAGAAUUUGAUUGGCGAGAGUGUGCCGAACCACCCCCCUUUCCACAGGAAGGAAGGAUGGCGGAAGUGAUCCGAAACCCGCGGGGUUAGAGAAUUGUUUCGAACCGAUGCCGA